AAUAUCACAAAUCUCACUGGAAAUAUCACCAGUCUGACUGAAGGUCUGAACAAAGCAAAUGAAACUAUCAAUAGUUUGGCUACAGAUUUGGAAAACGCCAAUGAAAAUAUCACCAGUUUGAUCAAAGAUCUGAGCAACGCCAAUGGAACUAUCAGUAGUUUGACUGACGAGCUGAACAAGGCCAAUGAAAAUAUCACCAGUUUGACUGACGAGGUGAACAAAGCCAGUGAAAAUAUCAGCAGUUUGACUGAAGAUCUAACCGACGCCACUGAAAAUAUCACAAGUCUGACUGGACAUAUCACCAGUCUGACUGAAGGUCUGAACAAAGCAAAUGAAACUAUCAAUAGUUUGGCUACAGAUUUGGAAAACGCCAAUGAAAAUAUCACCAGUUUGAUCAAAGAUCUGAGCAACGCCAAUGGAACUAUCAGUAGUUUGACUGACGAGCUGAACAAGGCCAAUGAAAAUAUCACCAGUUUGACUGACGAGGUGAACAAAGCCAGUGAAAAUAUCAGCAGUUUGACUGAAGAUCUAACCGACGCCACUGAAAAUAUCACAAAUCUCACUGGAAAUAUCACCAGUCUGACUGAAGGUCUGAACAAAGCAAAUGAAACUAUCAAUAGUUUGGAUGCAGAUUUGGAAAACGCCAAUGAAAAUAUCACCAGUUUGAUUGAAGAUCUGAGCAACGCCAAUGAAAAUAUCAGUAGUUUGACUGACGAGCUGAACAAGGCCAAUGAAAAUAUUACCAGUUUGACUGACGAGGUGAACAAGGCCAGUGAAAAUAUCAGCAGUUUGACUGAAGAUCUAACCGACGCCACUGAAAAUAUCACAAGUCUGACUGGAAAUAUCACCAGUCUGACUGAAGGUCUGAACAAAGCAAAUGAAACUAUCAAUCGUUUGGCUACAGAUUUGAAAAACGCCAAUGAAAAUAACACCAGUUUGAUCAAAGAUCUGAGCAACGCCAAUGAAACUAUCACCAGUCUGACUGAAAAUAUCACCAGUUUAACUAAAUAUCUGAACAACGCCAAUGGAAAUAUCACUAGUUUGACUGAAGAUCUAACCGAAGCGAAUGAAAAUAUCACCAGUUUGACUGAAGAUCUGAACAAUGCCAUUGCAAAUUGCGCCAGUCUGGCUGAAACUAUCACCAAUUUGACUGAAGAUCUGAACAAAGCCAAUAGAGAUUUGAAAAUUGCCAAGGAAGCUCCCACGUACUGUCGAAAAAACUGGACAGAUUAUGAAGAAAUAUGUAGACCGAAUAUCGGAUAUCAGAUAUAUAAAAAAGACUGUCUCCGAAUGUGCCUUUCAUAUCCUGUUGUAUCACUAACAUCAUUUGAAGAAGCGAAGCGAAUAUGCGGUCAACAAAAAGGAAAACUGGCCAUCUUGGACUCGUAUAUGAAAAUUGAUUUUCAUCGUGAAAUAUACACUAAAGUUAUGUCCUACCUUUCGGAAGGUAGUAAGACAUUGAUUGGAGCGAAGUUCAACGAAACCUCAGGACGUACAUAUUGGGUUGAUUCUGAUUCCCCGUUCGAUGACAACGAUCUGGUCAGUAAUACUACAGCAGGAGCCAACAACACGUGUGUUGCUUUGACACCCGCCACGAAGUAUAGAUGGGAAUAUGUUCCUUGUUCCGGUUUUUCUGGCGGUGUGGCAUGUGAACUUGUCCUGUAAAAUCACAAAAUUACAGUGUUUUCUGCUUUUGUCUAUCUGCUAAACUUUCGUAAAUACAAGACCUUUUAAUUUAUAUAUUUAUUUUUGUUUUUACCCAAAGAAAUCGGAGACAGGUGGUAGUUCUUUGUGUUUUUAUUGUUUUAUUUUAUUAUUAUUAUUAUUAAUUUUUUUUAAUUAUUAUUAUUAUUUUAUUUUUUUUGAUUAUUAAUUUUUUUUUUUGGGGGGGGUGAGUGGCGGGGAUGUGGUUGAAUUUGUGUUGUUUGUGGGGUUGGUUGGUUUGGGGUCUUUUUAUUAUGUAUUUAUUUUUUGUUUUAAAUUUAAUUGAAUUUUAUAUUUAUUUUCCGUCUAAUUGCUCAACUUUCGCAAUUAAACGUUCUUAUACGUAUCCACAAAUGUCUUAAAUCGAAGGAUUCUUCUUUGAGAGACAUUUAUCUUCACGUGUCUGUCUUAAAUCUCCAGUUUCAGUGAUUCUGUCUUUGACAUUUCAGCACAACAAGCUAAAAAAUUAAACUGUGUCCAGCCUA